AUGGCGGCUGAGUCUGCUGCACAGCUGUUUGUGCGGCUAGGUGGCAAACAUGCUUUAGAUGGACUGGAUACAAAUCUCUUUGGGGAUAUACCAGAGGGAAUCCAGCCAGGAAAUGUAGUGGAGUUCUCUGGCCAAGAAGGAAGCGGCAAGACUGAGAUGCUUCUUCAUCUGAUCGCUAACUGCAUUCUUCCAAAAUCGUGGAAGGAUCUAAAGUUGAAUGGCAGGUCUGUUGGAGUUGUGUAUGUGGACACAGAUUACCAUUUUCAGCUACUGCGACUGGUGACAAUAAUGGAACAUAGGAUUCUAAAUUCAAUUAAAGACACUCAAACUGGAGCAUUUCUAGAAAAUAAUAGAAGCAACACUGUGGAGAACAUUCCUGGGAGUGAUUCUGCUCAUUAUCCUGAGAAGUAUAGUGAUUAUGAAGACUUUAUCAAGUCUUGCCUUGGUCGCCUGUUCAUUGUACAUUGUAACAGCAGCAUUCAAUUGCUGGCGACUGUCUUAUCACUAGAAAAUCUGUUAGCUGCUAAACCUGAAGUGGGUGUCUUUAUGAUUGACAGUCUGAGUGCAUUUUACUGGCUUGAUAGAUGUGGUGGAGGGAGUCAAAGUCAUCAAGAACACAAACAGCAAAAAAUUGUGGAUGCUAUAAGAAAUUAUACACAACAGUAUCGUGUAGUAGUGAUUGCGACUAAACAGGCAAUCUUUGGAUCCAGUGACAAGAGUAUGAAUCGCGAACACUUGUGUCAGGCUUGGCAGAAACUUGUGAAUUAUCGGUUUGAAUUUGACAAGAAUAAGGGUCAAAAUGGAAUGAAUCAGAUUUAUUCAGUCUGUAGGACGUACCAGCUAAGCAAAAAACAUCUAAGAUUUUAUGUUAAGGAAAGUGGCAUUGAAUUUGUGCCUUGAAUCCCCUAUUCUUUGUAAGGCUUAUAAACUUGUUGAAAUCUCUCCUGAAGUAAUUUUUCCUUUCUAGCCACACUGUGGUUUGAACACUCAACAAAUCAUAAAAAUGAGAAUCAUAUGAGAAAUAUAUUUAGACAUUAAAUUUUUUGCAAUAAUAUUAUUCUCUUCUGAUGGCAGUAAAUUUUCUAUAAACCAAGUUUUGGCUGUAGUCAACAAAUAGAUCUAAUGGUUACAGACUAUGUGAAAUCCAUCCCAACUUCUCCUCAACAUUUCCCUAUCUACUCUAUCAAACAUAUUCCUGAGAUACAAAUGGCCUGAACGCUGAAAGUUUUUUGGGAAAAAAGUAGUCAACACAUAAAACAAAUAAUCUAUCCGAAUAUUCAGAUAUUCAUACCUUGAUGUUCAGAUAUUAAAUAUUUUUCUAUUUAAAUAUUGUUUAAUAAACUCACUUGUACUGGACUGGGUUGUUCAAAGCCCAAUUAAGUUAACCCAGGAUU